GACGGGCAGGAAGCGGCGUGGGCAGCCUCCCUGUGUCACCGCCUGCGUCAGACCAGACGCCAGGAGGGAGUUUUCCACUGACGAAAAAGGCUGCGCUUCUCUCCGCCUGCCACAGACAAGGGAAGCGCUUCAGCUGCGGCGGAGCCCCGUGCGGCGGCAGCACCACGCAGACAAUAGCACCGAGAGCUGUGCGGGGAUAAGCGCUUUAUUUAUUCGUGCCAUUUGGAUUACUUCCACCUUUACCCCAUCGGCUGUUUACCUGACGCCGUCCUGUCCCUCAUGGUGAUCGGAUACUGGAAUUGGUGAUUGCUCGCACCAGCACGAUGAGUGGGCUUCUCAAGAGGAAGUUUGAGGAGGUGGAUGAGGACCCAUGCUACUCCUCACCCUCCUCCCUCUCCUCUGCCUGCUCAGGCUGGGACUCGGAAGGGGAGAGCUGCUACUCAGACACCCUGGAUUCCACUCCCAGCAACCCCAGCUCCCCAGCAACACAUUUCACCACAACAUCCAUUCUUAAGAAAGCCAAGAGACCACGGCGCGGCAAUGUGACCUUCGACCAGGUGACGGUGUUCUUCUUCCCUCGGUGCCAGGGCUUCACCAGUGUUCCCAGUCGAGGAGGAUGUACUUUAGGCAUGAUGCAGCGUCACAGCGCACUCCGCACGUACACGCUCGCAGAGUUCGCAGUGGAGCAGCGGCUCCUACGUCGGGAGAAAUUCCUCAACAGACUCAGGGAGGAGAAGCUGGAUGCUCUCAAAUUCAAGCUGACUAAGAAUGGAACCCAGGAGAGUGAGGAGGCGGAGCGGCUGACGGUGGACGACAUCCCUGAGCAGGACAUCGAAAUCAAUGGAGCCAAUCUCGACGAGGGCUCUUUCCUCCAGCCUUACCCGUCUAAACGCCGCUAUGCCCUGCUCAAAGCUGCCGGUGUGAAGAAGAUCGACAAGGAGGAGAAGAGGCAGCUGCACGAGCUAAGGAUCUCCAGGGAAAACUGUGGCUGCGACUGCCAGGGCUUUUGUGAGCCUGAGACAUGUAGCUGCAGCCUUGCAGGCAUCAAAUGUCAGAUGGAUCAUUCCUCUUUCCCAUGUGGCUGCACCAAGGACGGCUGUGGGAACACAGAGGGUCGCAUUGAGUUCAACUCCACCAGGGUACAGACACAUUACAUUCACACUAUCAUGAAGCUGGAGCUGGAGAAGAGGCUGGAGGAGCAGUCGAGCACCGAGGAGGAGGAGGAGAACACAAAAGUGGCCACCUCCAUACCAGUGCCCUCCUUCCCCUUUAGCUCAGAACUGACGGCAGCUGGAGAGAACAGCUGCAGCAGCGAUAUGACGGACUUAUCAGACUCAUCGGGUCAGAGCGAGGACUCCGAAGCAGGCAGGAGCCCGUGUGAGCAUCGGACCCAGCUGGACGUCGAUGAGAAAGGCCUGAGCCGCAUCCUCAGCUUCAGCGAUGUAGAGAACUGCUCGAAAAGUUGCAGGGACUGUGGGGAUAAGAACAGUAAAGACACUUGCUGCUCAGAUCAACGGCAAGAGCAACUGCAACCGUCUACAGAAGCAUUUAGUAGCUUUAGCAUGGUGGACUUUGCUGACGAGAACGACAAUAUAGAUGCUGCACUGUUGAACGCCGCAGACGAUCACACAGACAAUCGAGCAACAGCCAUUUCAGAACUUUUGGAUGAGAACGCCAACCAGGGAAACGCCCUGUUCCAUAGCAGUAGUGUGCCACACACACCAUCCCCCACCAUCGACCGCUCUGCGAGCUAUAACAUGGACCUGAGCCUCUCCUCGGAGUCAGAUCUAGAGUUCUUUGACGGCUUCCCGUGCUUGGGGUCCAGCUCGCUCUACAACUCCCUCAAGGAGUACGAACACAUGGACAACUUUUUUCAGUUUCAGUUGCCUAGUUAUCCCAGCUUCCCUGCGGCGAGCGACCCCGGCACCUGCCUCCUGGAGUCGCUGAUGGGCCUUUCAGAGUCGGUCCCAGAGCCCCCCGCCACAUUUACAGACAAUCAGCUGUUGGAGGAAGCCAUGAAAUUGUCUGUGAUGGAGUCUGUGAAAGUUUGACGAAACAUGCAAAUCUUUGGACAGUGCGAGGGAAAAAAAAUGAGUUCGGGAGGGGACUGAACAUGCACAUAAGAUGUCAACGUCACACAUGUUUGAUUUUUUUAGAGGAAGCUGUGAUUUCCCUCUUGCCUAAUAAAUGUUCAAAUUCCAGACUUGCCUUCAAAACGUUAGCAAAGCAGUUUGGGAUUAAUGCUGUGUGAGAUGGCAGCUAGUGUUAAGAGUAAAAAAAAAAGAUAAGAAACAGAUCAAUUUGAUCGGGCCCACAGAAACCAAUGAUGGCUCUCAAUUCCUAAGAAAGCUCUUUAAACCAAACCAAGAUCACCAACCAUAUGCUAAACGGGAAUCAACCUUUAACGGGGCCAGGUUGGGUAUCUCAACACAGCUGAAUGUGCACCUCAGGGAUUUUUUUCUAGCUUUCUAGCUUUUGGAGGCAAUGUAUGGUGACCAUUGCUGUGAUGGCCUUCAUAUGAAACCCGAGUCUGAUCACAACUGUUCAUGUCCGACACCCAGACGACUUGAGUGGGUGGGGGUCCUCCCUGUGUUGCAUCCUGUAGCUAGUGGACUCUUCUCCUCAAGAUCUCUCCCAACGGGGUCUUAUAUGGUACAAAAGAAAAUCCCUCUAAAAGUCUCUUGAUCAGCACUUUAUCUGUGAAAAUAGUUAUGUAUGAAUAGGCAUUGUUUUGGUUGUAUGGGGUCGAUUCAACAGUUCAACGCUAAAUUAACGGAGUUUCUUAUUUAUGAGCUUGGUAUCUAGAAGUGAUGGCUCAUACCAUUCAAAUCUUUAGCUGUAUUAUCUUUAUUUCUUUUUGUUUUAAAUUAUUUCCUCUUACGAUUUAAUUUUAUUUAUUUCAGAUAAAGCCUACUUUCGCUUGAGAAGCACUGUGGUAUGAUAUUUCUCACCCGAAAGUGCAAUCUUCCUUCCCUUUUUCCAUAUCAUGUGUUAGGCAUCGUUAUGGGAAAUGGGACCACAAGUCCAUCAGAAAGUAUUUAAUAUCUAUUCUCUUAUACAUUUAACAUUUUUUGGUAACUUAUUAUGUCAUUAUUUUCAUUAUUAGCUAUUUAAUUUAAGACGUUUUGGCAAUAAAAUGGGCUGUUGGGAAGUUUACUGGAUGUGCCUGCUUAUCAGGGGAGCCAUGCUUGCCAGUGGUGUGUGCACAGUGCUUCCAUUAAGCUUUGGGACUGAAAACUGUGGAAUCUCCCUAAUCACUGAAACUAAAUUAUGGGUCUAUUGUAUUGUUGCCUAUAAUGUAACCAUAGAAAAUUACACUAAUAUUUUGUAACUAAUUUAUGUAGAUUGACAAAAGAAUUCUAAUCACUGACAAAUUGAAUAUUUUAUUAAGAAAGCAAAAGUGAGUAAUUUUCAAUCCGGGAAGACCUUUGUAAUAUAUGAAUUAUAGAGAAAUGUAUACUUAUGAAGGUUAUUGCUCUCUAGCAUUCUGAAGUAUUUUUCAUAGGCAGUCUAAUGGUUAGAUAAUUUAGCGAAAUGCCACUAAAACUGAGUAAAUUGCAAAGAUCAAUUUGAUUGUACUCUGGAUUAUAUUGGAAGUCUGUGACUUGGGUUACGACAUGUUAUAAAUAACACAUGUAAAAGGGUUUUGUGGAUAAAAACUGCAUAUAUUAUACAAUUUUUAUCGUGCACACAAACCCUGAAAAUUGAAGAGUUGCCUCAUUAUCUACACAACAGAACAUUUCAGCGGUGACUGUGUCGUCACCUGUGUUUGAGGGACACUAGAGAGUUGAUGUACAUAUCUCACCCUUUCUACAACUGUUUCAACAGCCUUUCUGGACCCUUUAGAAGUUAUGCAUGCAGGUCCUGUUUGUUAAAACUUGUUCUAAUUAAUUGUAUACUUUGAAAAAGUGCAGCGUGCACAUCGGAAAUGUAUUAUUCGCUUUUUGCCUUUUUGAUUACUUUUUGACAUCCAUCCAAUAUAUGUUCAUACGCCAUGAAGAGGGCACUGAUUUUUGCAAGCAAACAUUUGUUUCUCUUGUACAAAACAUCAAUUGUCAUGAAGAAAUGGCAACAGUGAGUGUUUAUCAAUGUAAUGUAUUACAGUACAGCUUUUUUAAAAUGUUAUUUUCAAAGAACGUGUCUUACUUUUUUGCCUUUUGUGUCGUACAUAUUUCUGCUUGAAUGGUCCUGCAGAGCAAACAAAGCUGCUUUAUUUUUUACAUAUUCACACUUUAACCUGCUGUUUAAAUACUGUUUCUUUCAUCUAAGCCAUUUUGACAGCCUGUCCCUCCAAAUAAUAAUAA